AUGUAAAUACAAAAUAAAAUUGGAGAAGGAUUGUUCGGUCAAAUUCACAAAUGCCUAACAGAAGAAGGAGACACUUGUGCCAUUAAAAUUUAUAAGGAAGGAUGCCCUAAAAAAUUAAGGGAAAAGGAGAUUAAAAUUCUCCAAUCGAUCAGUCACACAAAUAUUCAGAAAAUUGUGAAGGCAGAUUGUGAAUACAAAUGGUUUAUCACAGAACUCAUGAAUUAGGAUCUCUAUUCAGUUAUCACGAAACGUGGCACACUGUAAUAGAGCACCAUUAAAUAAAUUCUAUUGUAACUAAGUAAUGGAUUAUCUUACUUACACUAACUGGGCUAUGUGCAUAGAGACAUCAAGUUAGAGAAUGUAAUGUUGAGUAAAGAACCUAAUCUAAGAAUUAUUGACUUUGGUCUAUCUGUCUAUAUUGACUCCAAUAAGCUCUAUCCAAGACAUUGCGGAACUCCCACCUACAUGGCGCCUGAGUUAAAUUUGGAAGACAAACUAAUUAUCGGAGAGAUUCUGAAGAAAUCUGAUGUCUUUGCACUUGGUGUCUUAAUUUUCAUACUUUGCUAUGGCUGUCCGCCCUUCACCAUUUCAAAGCCAACCGAAUGUAAAUUUUGGCAGACUAUAGAAUAAAAAAAAUGGUAAGCCUUCUGGAACUACUUUGACAAAAAAGUCAUUAGAUCAGAUCAACAUUUCAAGGAUUUGAUCCAAAAUAUGUUGGAUCCUGAUCACAAGUCAAGAUUCACCAUAGAACAAGUCAAGCAGCAUGAAUGGAUGAAUGAUGAAGGAAAUUUAAAUGAACUAUUAUGA